AUGUCAUCACCAGAAAGAGUUUUGCGGUUUGAGAGAUCCGACGAAACAGGGGCUUUUGUCUUGAUACAUGUCUCACAUCAAGGCCCAGCGCUGCUUGAUCUGACCCUAACGGCCACCGAGGGGGAAUCGCCCUAUGUGAGCGUGGUGAAACAAGCCCGUCUCAAAGAUCUCCGUGCCAAAAGCUACCAGGGAUCGGAGGAUGAGUGGACGGGUAUUGUCGCCUUCUUUUUAGGCCAGUCCCCGUCUUCUGAUCGUCCCGACGGGGUCACAGGUCUGGAAGCCUCGGCGAGUAUGUCCGGCUCUGACCAAAACAAAACACUCGUCAUCACAAUACGCAAGCGAGUACAGAGCAUCACGCAACGACUGGGGGCCCUGAGUCUGAAGCAAGAUGAUGAGCAGUCCAUCGAGCUCUUUGACUGGACUGGGAUCUCUGCCGCAAGGGCAAAUGAUCUUGAACAACAGGUUUCCAGUCUGGCUAGUCGGCAUACUUUUGCUGAGAACACCAUAAAAAAAUUGACCCAACAACUGGACGAGCUCAUGGAUGCAAAAGCCCACCACGAAAAUCAGCUGAUGGCGAAUUUUACGCAUAUACUAAACGAGAAAAAGCUAAAGGUGCGCAACCAACAGCGCCUGUUAACAGCAGCAACUGUGGACCCCAGAAGAAUUUCCGAGAUACAAGCUUGUAUGCCUACAGACAACCCCGACGUCCAUGGGUCAUUGCACCCAGCAAAGAGGAGUGCGGGUAGCUUGAGCGACACGGACACCUCAGAUGGGUUUGAACGAAUGGAAAUUGAUCAAUCCAAGUCCGGCAGAGUGGCUGUCAGUGGCCACGACACAGACAAUGAAAGACUCUCAACUCCCCAAUCGCCAGAGGAAGACAUCACAAGCUCCACCGACGAUGAUUCAUCGCAAGAGCUGCCAGCCCAGCCGAAGCGAGUGGCUCAAGGAAGUGAAACUGCCCCGCCUCAAAGAGUGCUACCGUUUGCCAAGAGGACCCGGGAUAACUCCCAGAGCAAUGUGCCUACUGCGCUUAAAAGUAACCCGGAGGCUGAUGCAGGUGAAACGGACGAUGACGAGCUUUAG